CUUCCAUCCUCCCUCUCCGGCCCGUCCAACGUUAUGGCCUUUGUUCUGUAUCUGGCUGGAGUUGGAGCUGGAGCGGGAGUUGAUGUCUCCCUCUCCCUCCCCUCUCCACUUCUCCCUUCCAACUCAUCCCCCGCCUCCCGGCAUGUGAUUCCUCAAGGGACCACCGCCUUUUCCUCCUGCCACUCGCCUUGGGUCGUCGACCGCUCGUGUCGACCGGGCCCUAGCAGAAAUGAACCUCGUAUUCCAUCUCGAUGUGUAUCCCGACCAUGACCAAUGCGAGGUUCCUGGUUGCCUGUUGUCCUCUGACAAUCCCAACCAAGCUGAAGAGCGGGGCCUCAUCCUAGCUUGCACCCAAGCUCGCUCCAAAGCUCGUGCGAACCAGAAAUUUUCAUGCUUUGUCCCUCAAGGAAAGCUCCAGUCCUGUCUCUUAUCCAAUCAAUCCCACGGAGCUCAAGGUAGGUGUUUGGGGACAGGCUACUUGACUGGCUGACCUUCAGGCAUCACGAUGAUCUUUUGAGGGAGUCUACACCUAUCCGGUGGAUCCGCCAAUCACUUCGUGCCCAUCUCAUGCUUCGCACAAGACGAAGAACCUAGUCUCACUGACAAAUCCCUGUGGUCUUCACCAUCCCUACUGCCUCGCCCGAGCCGGCUGCUCUGAUUCACAUGGUGACAGGAACUUUGCCAAUUACGACCCCGCGUACUUUUCAGCAUUGGAGGGGUUGAAGCUUCAGCCAGAUCACGGAAGCUUUGUUGUGGAAGUGCUAGCGGAUAUCACACCACUCAGACGUAAGCUGGGUCGCAGCAGAACUAUUCGAACGAGUGUGGGCGCGUCGUUUAGGCUGUUUGGUGCCAGAGUCUGACAACUUGAGGCGGGAGGGGAUGUUCUACACCUUGUCCAUGGGCGAGAUAUAAGGCCGGCACCAACCCCGCGCGCCCACGAUCAACGUCUCGUCUUUCCCGAUCAUUCCCACCAACAGUCAAGAUGGAGCUACACAACCGACCUGAUGAAUGGAAAAUUGAACAAGGCUUGUCCGGUGCUAAGCUACCGUUUCUAGAUCAGACGGGUCCUGAACCAGUCUUUAUCCAGCCAAGGACAUGGCCGGAAUUGACCAAGGAUCAAGCAGCCAUUGAUGCCGUAGGAAAUCGUGAUGAGCUGUUCACGCGCGAACUCGACGGGUGGAAAGGGUACGUGGAAUGGGAGAAAUAUCCAGAGAAGAAGGAAAAGGCGCGCAAAAUCCUGGCCUCCCAGGUCUUUCCGCCCAAUCCAGAAUUCCAAAUGGGACCUAUUCCUGACACCAACCCCGUCCUCCCGGGCACACACUGGAAGAUGUGGCACCACGCGGUCGGUGGCGAGCUCGCUGAUGUCCCGGAAGACUCUUGGAGUACUGUCCUGCGUGAAAAGCACCCUGAGAUGCUGCAUCUGCUGCAAUUUCCAUACAAUGGAGAACCUCCUAAGAGGCUGGUGACUGACAAAGCUGUGACACCGAAUUCGCUUCACUUCGUGCGCAACCAUGGCGGCAUUCCACUUAUCGACAAAGACAAAUGGAAGCUGGAUUUGGAUGGGCUAGUCAAGAAUCCCCGGGCCUUCACCUUCGCCGACAUCACAGAUGAGUCCAAAUUUCCUCGCAUUGAAAAGCUUGUCACGAUGCAAUGCUCUGGGACCCGACGAAUUGAGCAAAUUUCUCUCUAUGCGGGCCAGGGAGAUGAGGUUCCCCAAGCUCCAUGGGCCGAGGGCGCCAUAGGGACAGCGAAAUAUCUCGGCAUCAACCUGAAGGAUGUUAUUGAAGCCUGCGGUGGCCUCGUUAAACCCGCCAAACAUCUCGAACUGUACGGUGCCGAGACCUACUUCAAGGACAAUGAAGUGAUGAAUUACGUCGUGAGCGUUCCAUGGUCCAAAGUCAAAUAUGACGAAGUUCUCCUCUGCUGGGAGAUGAAUGGCGAACCACUACCAGCCAUUCACGGCUACCCGGUGAGAAUCAUGGUGUUGGGGUACAUUGGUGCUCGAAGCGUGAAAUGGGUUUAUCGGAUCAAGGCCAUUGAGAAUCCUUCCAUUGCACCCGUCCAAAGCAAAGAGUACCUCUAUUUCAAUCAGCAGACAGGCAAGCACAACCAACAACCGACAGACGGCAUUCAAAUUCAGGAAAUGCCCGUGAGCUCAGCCAUUAUGUCUCCGUGGACCAAACAAGUUGUGAUCCACAACGGCAAGAUCCAUUGCAAAGGCUGGGCGUAUUCGGGCGGUGGAAGAUGGCCAGAGCGGGUGGAACUGUCGGCAGACGGAGGAUUCAGCUGGUAUGCCGUGCCCAACGCCAACCUCUCCAAGAAGGGCAAAUGGACGUGGAGGACGUGGUCGAUCGACCUUCCAUGCGACGUCGAGGGUUGGAUCGAAAUUGUCUGUCGAUGCUGGGACAGUGCCCUGAACACACAGCCCCUGACGGUCCGCGCCGCAUGGAACUGGGGUCUCCACGUCACGCAUUCAGCACACAGGAUCAGUGUCUACAGUAUCAACAAGAGCCGGCCGCGCACGGCAGAGAAGCUGAAGCAAUUCGAGGCUACCGGCUCGCCUUUGGUGCCGCUUACUUGGCCCGAGGAGUUCCCUACACAGAGCUGGGAUGACUACAAGAAAUUCUGGGCGGAGAACGAGCCGAGGGACGUGGAUGAGUGAAUGGGUCUAAAUGGUGGUGCUGGAUUGGACUCUGGAAAAGACGUCUGUCGCUGCUGUGGCUCUACCUCUAGGAGAAGACGAGCAUGGACCGUCGGACGACUCGAGUGCUAGAUGACGUGUACCAAGUUCCUCCUCUUGCAUGUGUUGAUGGAGUUCUAUCUCCCUGUCCAUCCUCAUGCUAUUGCUAUAGCUCGACCCGCGUGACCCCACGUUCUUGAUACCCA